UGUACUGAUGAUGAUUCCAUACCCAUCGCUGAGAGUACAAGACUCAAUGACUUUGACAUUCCACCGUCACUUGAUACACCGUCCCAGCGAUCAACAGCGGAAUACGAUAGCCGAGAGAGCUUGGAGGACAACCGUAAGUUUCUUUUUUUUUUCUUGUACUUGGUGUUUCGAUAAUGAAUUAUUAUGAUUAAUCAGUUAGUAUGCAGUAAAGAUACAAGGCUGUGUCUUUCACUGGACAAAAGCAGUGUGGAGAAAGUUUAGUAAAAGAAAACAAAUGAAAUAGAUUGCAAUGGGACUAACGACAAGUAGGCUUACUAGAAAUUUAAAAUGACUUACCAAACUGACGCGUAUUAUUACAUGAAUCUACUCGCUUGUUACGUGUGGGCUGUCCGAGUAACAAUUUAAAAUGACUCACCAAAACUGACGCGUAUUAUUACAUGAAUCUACUCGCUUGUUACGUGUGGGCUGUCCGAGUAACAAAUAAAAAAAGAUGACAUAAUUUAAAAUGACUCACCAAACUGACGCGUAUUAGUAGAUGAAUCUACUCGCUUGUGACUAUGCCUAAAUUAAUAAGCGAUGUUAAUUUUUUCUUUUUCAGGGAGCUAGGACUUCAAUCAGCUUACUCCAGAGACAACAGUGUAUUCAGAUACAUCAAGAAGUUGAUGGCCCUUCCCUUCUUGAGAUUUCACGAGAUCGCACCGAUGUUCGUUCGACUGAGUGUACAGACCCAAGCACAGCCCCUUCUGGAUCUCGUCAACUACAUGAACCGCAAGUGGAUCGAGAACCCUGUCUUUACACCAAAGGACUGGAGCGUCUACAAACAACCAAUUCGUACCAACAACGACAUAGAAGGUUGGCAUAAUGCCCUAAAUCACAGAGCUGGUGGGCAAUGCAACCUGCCUUUAUAUUAUCUCAUCGAGCUAUUGGACAGGGAGGUGAAACUCACAGCUCUCACCAUUAGGCUGGUCUCCGAGAGGAAAUUGAAGCGCAUGCAGCAUAAAACUUACAGACAUCUACAAGUCAAGUUGUUUGAAUACUGGGAGCAGUAUGACAACCUGCAGAAGACCGCCUCACAGCUCCUCAAGGUCUGCUCACAUCUAAACGGCUCAGCACGUUAA